AAAAUAAUUGUGGGCUCGCUACCUACGUAGAAGGAUACCAUUUGAAGCAUGCGUACCUGUGAAGUUUACUGCCGCCUUCUCCAAGAACCAUUCUUGGUACUUGCAUCUGCCCGCAGCUGCUGAGUCUCCUUCCACCGUUGCAAACGGCAUUGAAGGCGCCGCUUGAUAUGGCAACAUCUGCCUCAAAAACUGUCUUAUCUUGCACACCAAUUCAGAUUCGGUGCCAGCCCACCGUUUUGGCCUCCUGGUCUUUUAAGUUUUCUAAUGCUCAUCUACUCUCCUGAUAGAUAGACUGCGAGAAGAAGCCACGCCAGUAUUUGGUAUAGGAUGUACAUGUCGCCUCUCGCACAUGCAGUAUCUGUCGGAUAUUAAAUGCCUCAUCUCCUCCCAUGGAUCCAUUUUGGCCUUGUUUGCUUUCUUCGUCUCUAUAAAUUCUUCCCCUCUGAAUGCUUCGUCUAAUCACAGUCUUGAAGGUCUAAAACCACACAAUGGAGGGUUUAUGGUGGAAGCACUCCGGUUUUGAACACUGGCUUCUCUGCGUGAAAGUUGUGAGGAAAGUAGCCUUCGCUGUCCUUACUUGCACCUUUGCUUUGUGUGGAUCCUUGGUUGGGUUGAUAUCAGGUGCAGUCAAGGGCCAAACGACAGAGACUGGCCUGUUCCGAGGUGCUGGGAUUGGAGCAAUUUCCGGCGCAAUCGUCUCAGUUGACGUCUUGGAAUCUUGCUUCCAGGGAGAGAUUUUAUCCAAGCUAGACAUCUUUGACAGCCUUCUUGAUGGAAAGAUAUUUCGAGAAUGGGUCAGCCCUGCAUUGCUCAAAGCAUACCAAUGGCAAAUCAAUGCAACCGAACCCAGCUACAGAGACAGUUCAGAUAUCUUUGAUGUAAACAAGGACAAGGGUCUAUUACCAAAUGUUAUCAGAAAGUUGCCCAUGUUUGAGAUCAGUCCUAAGGAGACAAUUGAUUCUUGUGGGAAGACAAUAUGCUGUGCCGUCUGCCUGCAGGAUUUCAUCAACGGUGAAGACGCAAGAAGAUUGCCGAUUUGUACACACCUUUUUCAUGUGGUCUGCAUUGAUUUGUGGCUUGUAAAACAUGGUUCCUGCCCUACUUGCAGGCAAGAGGUUUCAGGCUGGAGUUAAUAUCUGGCAAUCUGAAAUUCUCUGAGUUAAAAGAUUGCAUAAUCCUGAGAAAUAAUGUUGGAUGCACAUUCAAUGUGAACAAAGCUAAUAUAGUUUCAUCUUGCAGAGUUAACAGAGAAAAGCAACUAGAAACCCCUGGCAAAAAUGCACAAAAAUCUUUAUAGUUGGAAUGACAAGCUGCUGGUUUUGGUUGGCAA